GUAGUUUUGGGCCGAUGUCCCCAGUGCGCAUGUGCUUCACCAGACACACACACGUGCGGUGAACGUCUGGACUUGCUGCAUGCUGGAGAACUCACAUAGUUCAUAGAGCUUUAAGACACAUUGCCUACAUAAAACAAAUUUUGCACCUCUUUGUCCUUACUUCCAAGUGAAGAAGGAUAGUCCUCCGUGACGCAUUUCGCCGAGAGGGCCGGAAUACCAGAGAAACAGUUCAAAAUGACUGAAGCUCAAGUGAACCCAAAGGCCUACCCGCUGGCCGACGCCACACUGACCAAAACCAUUCUGGACCUGGUGCAGCAAGCCUCAAACUACAAACAGCUGAGGAAGGGGGCUAAUGAAGCCACUAAAACCCUCAACAGGGGCAUUGCUGAGUUUAUUGUGAUGGCUGCUGAUGCUGAACCACUGGAGAUCAUCCUCCACCUGCCACUGCUCUGCGAGGACAAGAACGUCCCAUACGUGUUUGUCCGCUCCAAGCAGGCCCUGGGUCGGGCCUGUGGGGUGUCGCGCCCCGUCAUUGCUACCUCUGUCACCAUAAAGGAAGGGUCUCAGCUGAAACCGCAGAUUCAGUCAGUCCAGAUGGCUAUUGAGAGACUGCUUGUCUAAUUUUUGUCACUGCACGGUUGUAAGAAAGUCUCCUUGAGGGGGAACACAAAUUCCACAUUUGACAGUAUUCCUGUCUACUGUUUAGAAAGCUAGAUUUUUUUUUAUUAUUACUUUUUAGGACAGUGUGUCUGCUUCAGUGUACCAGUUUGAAUCCCCUGAUUCAUAAUAAAUUUUUUAUUUAAA